UUCAUCUCUGUCUUGAUGGGUUACGACACAGGAGUCAUGAGCGGCGCCAUGCUGUUCAUCCAAGAAGACCUCAAGGCCACCGACGGUCAAAUCCAAGUCCUCGCCGGGAUCCUCAACGCCUGCGCCUUGGUAGGAUCGCUGACUGCUGGCAGGGUCUCCGACUGGAUCGGCCGCCGCUACACCAUCGUCGUCGCGGCCGCCAUCUUCUUCCUCGGUUCGCUCCUCAUGAGCCUGGGGCUCAACUUCGCCAUGCUGAUGGCAGGCAGGUGCGUCGCGGGCGUCGGCGUCGGAUAUGCCCUUAUGAUCGCCCCCGUCUACUCCGUGGAGGUCUCCUCCCCGUCCUCCCGCGGCUGCCUCAGCUCCCUGCCGGAGAUGUGCAUCAGCCUCGGCAUCCUGUUCGGCUACCUCUCCAACUACAUCUUCGGGAAGCUCCCGCUGAUCUACGGCUGGCGCUUGAUGCUCGGUGUCGCCAUGGUCCCUUCCGUUGCCCUGGCCUUCAGCAUCUUCGCCAUGCCGGAGUCCCCGCGGUGGCUGGUCAUGCAGGGCCGCAUCAAGGACGCGAGGGACGUGCUGCGACGAGUGUCAAACACCAAGGAGGAGGCGGAGCGCCGGCUGGAGGACAUCAAGGCCACCGUGGGGAUCGACAGGAGCUCCACCGAAGACGUGGUGCAACUUGUGAGCAAGCACCACGGGGAAGGCGUGUGGAAGGAGCUGCUGCGACCGACGCCGACCGUGAGGCGCAUCCUGACGGCCACCAUCGGCAUCCACAUCUUCCAGCACGCCACCGGGAUCGAAGCCAUCGUCCUCUACAGCCCGAGGAUCUUCAAGAAGGCGGGCCUGGUGACCAAGAACCAACAAUUUCUUGCCACCAUCGGCGUCGGCGUCUUCAAAACACUGUUCAUCUUCGUGGCCAUCCUCCUCGUCGAUAAGGCCGGCAGGAGGAAGCUGCUCCUCACCAGCUUGAGCGGGAUGAUUCUCUCUCUCACAGGGCUUGGGACUGUCAUGACGCUGGCGAGGCACUCACAGGAGAAGCUACUUUGGGCGCAGGUAUCGUGUGUGGUGUUUGUGUUCUCCUUCGUCACCUCCUUCUCCAUUGGGCUCGGCCCCGUAACCUGGGUCUACUGCUCUGAGAUCUUUCCUCUGAGGCUGAGGGCACAAGGAACCAGCUUGGGCGUGGCGAUCAACAGGCUGAUGAAUUCCGUCAUGUCCAUGUCCUUCAUCUCACUCUACAAGGCCAUAACCAUCGGCGGUGCCUUCUUCCUCCUUGCGGGCAUCGGGGUCGUAGCAUGGGCCUUCUACUUCUUUUGCUGUCCUGAGACAAAAGGGAGGGCCCUGGAGGAAGAGAUGGAGCAGGUCUUCAACAAAGGAAGCAACACAAGCAGCAAAAGAAUGAAAACCAUUCUGAAGGAUAACGAGGUUUUGGAAGGGCAAUAAUGGGACCUGCGACCUUCUCGGCUACGUCUCCGUCGAUUUAUAUGAUGGACUCACUGUGGGGAGGACUGCAUGGGUGGGUGGGACAACGUGGCCUGGGCAUGUCAGGGCGCUGUUGACCCACCUUGUUCUACAAGCACCAUUUUAGGGGCCUGUUGUUGACUUAUGCUCCACGAAAUUAAUAUUUUGGCAGUGAUUCCAGCGGGUACGGAGGAGGUGGUCACGUGAGCCUUUGGACUACUCCCUUUCUCCCCUUGUGCCUCGGCGAAUCUGUCUGCUUACCAUGACAAGAAUGUUCAUUGUGUGUGUCCCAUGGUUGGGAACAUGUGGCUUUUAGGGAUGGACUUUGUUUCGAUGGUUUGUUUUAGGCAUUAGCUUCCCAUGUCCAAAAGCUUCUCGGGUGCAUGUCAAGCCCUGCUAAAAGGAAUGUGUUUUCGGUUGUUUGAAGGUUCA